UCUCUUUCUCUCUCUUGGGCUCGCCCCCUCUCUCGCUUGGGCUUUUCUUCUUCCUUGAUCCAUUCCUCUCUCUUGGGCUCUCUCUCGUGGGCUUUUCUUCUUCAUUGAUCCAUUUCUCUCUCUUGGGCUCUCUCUUUCUCGUAGGAUUUUCUUCUGUUAUCUCCCCCCAUCCCCUCUCUCUCUCGCUCGCUCGACGAGGGUCUGGAAGGAAGAUGGAUUUCAUCUCAACGUCUUCCAAUGCAAAUGGCAGCAGCUGCGUUAUCAGAGCCUUUUCUCCUUCAAAGCCUUCCACGUUCGAAGGCGAUGACCGCCAUCGUUUCUUGCAUGCAUGCAAUCUCUGCAACAAACCCUUCUCAAAAGACAAAGACAUCUUCAUGUACAGGGAUAGAGCUUUCUGCAGUGUGGAGUGCCGGCAAGUGCGGAUGGAUACGGACGGGGCCGAGGAGGAGGAGUGGAACUCGGGCAAGGCGAGGAAGGGCAAAACCGACCGAGCGAAAUAUUGCCUAUUCCACGGUGCGGUUGGUAUUUUCUGCAGGUGUGCGCGACAGUUAGCUGUACUGUUAGUUUGAUCUGGGCUCUUGAGUUUUGGGUUUGUUGCUGUA